AUGUCAUCCAGACCGGCACCCUGGCUGUGCGCUCAUCAACGCUGUUCCGCUUCACCUGCCCUCCACAACUGUGCUCUCGUCUGCCGGCAAUGGCGAUCCAGACCUCAAUCCCCUCACAGAUGUCCUCUCAGUGCCUUCCGUAAUUUCCCGAAAAUCUUGGUCACCACCCUCCUAGGGACACACCUGUCGGUCCCCCCUGCGGCGGUCUCCGUCAUCUCGUCGCCGAAUUCGAUCACAGCGCGUAUGCGGAAGGCAGCAGAGGUGCAUUGCAUCGACCUCGGCGACUUACUUGACCUGCUCGUUGGCCACGGUGUCGUCUCGCGGGACGUCUUGGUGACGUUGGACAUGCACAUUCACAUUUACCCCGAUCAAAACACUCGUCGUUCCUUGGGCGCGCUCACCGGCUGUCCGCGCCUACGCACCCUCGCCAUCAUCUACGGCGAGCCCGAGUCCCGUCCCAUACGCUCCUGGUGUCACAGGACCCUCACCGACGCGCUCCCCGUCCUCCUCGCCGACCAAUUCUCCAGCACGCCCGCCCCUCAUCACGCCCUCGAGACGCUCAAGCUCGAGACCACGUACUGGGCCGUCGACCUCGACCACGCUUUGCGACCGGGAUCACUACCCAGCGUUCUGGACGGUGCGGGUGCGGGCGAUCCUCUGACGAACGCGGAGGACGACAGUGGAUUGCUCGAAGUGCCGGGCGAGGUGUCGAAGCGCGUCUUUGUGCCGUUUGCGACCCGGGGCACGGACGCGGACGUCGAUGCGGAGUUCAUGUUCGGAGAACCUCCCCGGAACGGAGCGGUCGACGAAGGAGGCGAGGUGGUGGGAGGCUGGUGA